UAUUAGAAAUGCGAUAGAAUAGAAGAUGCCCACGAAAACUGUAGAGAGGACCGAGUCCCUGUGGGUUUCACCAGAUGAAAGAAUCCCAUGUUUUAAAGAAACAACCGCACCCACAAGGGCCACAGCACACCUUCCAAUACCUUUCAUUCGGUCUUUCCUUUCACGUAAAGCGAAGAAAACCCUUUUCACAUCUUCACUUGUUUUCGGAUUUCUUUCUUUGAUGAAUAAAAAAAUAUUUCUUUUUUUUUUUGGGUGUUUACUGGCUCAAACGCUACCAUAAUUUGUCUCUUUCAUUUAAAAUGAUGGCUUUGGUUGGUGAGCUACAAUCCAGCUGCCUUGUAUUGACUCGCCUUGGAUCAUGGAGUGCUCGUUGUUUUGUCUAUGAUUGCCCUCUUUCCACCCUUUUUUGGAUUCUGGGUCCUUCUUUAAGAUAUCUCCCUCAUACCUGUGAAGGAUAACAAGAGCUGUGUUCUGUUUGUCUCCUUCUAUUUUACAAGAAAAGUGAGUUGUUUGUUGCCUCCUUUUCUUCUUUAUGUAGCAAAAUGGGUAUUAAAUUUUGGUUCUUUAGUAGACUCUGUUUAUCGUCUUUGUUUGCUUUGUUUCGCUGAUGGGCUUAUUUAUCUAGAAAAAGGGUUUCUUUAAAGAAGAAUAAGGAGCUUAUUGCCUUUAGAAAAUAACUUUAGGGUUGAUGUUUAGGUUAAUUAUCUUAUUGGCUCUGGUGCUUUGUGUGUCGUGAAGAAAACUGGCUUCGUUUCGGCAUCUAGGCAAUUGUCUUUCAGGAGCUAUGAAGUGUUUUCACUUCUCCAGCAGGGAGAAAAAUGAAGAACCAAAGACUGUAACAAAAUCUGUUUCUGUCCAAUCCACUUCAUCUACAUCAAUGUCGAUGUCAACUGAUCGUGACCUGAGGAAAUCCGGGUCUGAGCUCAAUUCUCAGAAUGUAUCAGAUUUUAGCACAGAAUCGUCCACAAAGAACUCAUUUGCGAACUCAUUCGCUUCUUUGUGUCAAAGACAGAGCAAUCUUAAAGCCUUCACAUUCUCAGAACUGAAGACGGCCACCAAGAAUUUCAGCCGCUCUGUAAUGAUUGGGGAGGGUGGAUUUGGCGGUGUGUAUAGGGGAGUAAUACGGAGCAUGGAAGAUUCAAGUAAGAAAAUCGAUAUCGCUGUCAAACAACUGAGCAGAAGAGGGCUCCAGGGGCACAAGGAAUGGGUGACUGAAGUAAAUGUUCUAGGAAUUGUUGAACAUCCAAAUCUUGUCAAAUUAGUGGGCUACUGUGCUGAGGACGAUGAACGGGGAAUCCAGCGCCUUCUGGUAUAUGAAUUUAUGCCCAACAGAAGUGUGCAGGAUCACUUGUCCAGUAAAUUUCAGAAAGCUCUUCCUUGGGCCACAAGAGUAAAAAUUGCCCAGGAUGCUGCCCGAGGCUUAGCAUACCUCCAUGAAGGAAUGGAUUUUCAGAUUAUUUUCAGAGAUUUUAAGUCUUCAAACAUACUACUGGAUGACCAAUGGAAUGCAAAGCUAUCAGACUUUGGGUUGGCUAGAUUGGGGCCUUCAGAUGGGUUGAGCCAUGUUUCAACUGCGGUGGUUGGAACUAUAGGAUAUGCAGCUCCUGAGUAUAUUCAAACCGGGCGUCUCACGUCUAAAAGUGAUGUGUGGAGCUUUGGGGUUUUUCUUUAUGAACUGAUAACAGGCAGACGUCCUUUGGAUCGGAACCGGCCAAAGAAUGAGCAAAACCUCUUGGAAUGGGUCAGGUCACACCUCUCUGAUGUAAGAAAGUUCAGGUUGAUCAUGGACCCAAGGCUCGAGGGAAAAUAUAACAUCAAGGCUGCCCAAAAGCUUGCUUCUGUAGCUAACCGGUGCUUGGUAAGACAGGCUAAAUCACGCCCGAAAAUGAGCGAUAUCCUGGAUAUGAUCAACAAGAUUGUUGAUACAACAGACAAUGGAAGCCCCUUGCUCUGCACGAAGAGUUUGGCCCCGAAAGAUGCUCCUGAAGGACCUGGAAGAGAACGUAUGAAAAGGAGAUUUUUGGAUUCAAUAAUUGGAGAUCAGAAGGGAUGCUGGUCAGCUUGGAGAACAUGGAGAACUAAGCUGGUGAGGACACGCUGAAAGCAAAAAAAAUAAAAAAAUGGAGAACUAGGCAAAUCAGUCUUGCUUCGAUGAAGUCCAUUUUUGUUACGUGUAAGUAAAUUACUUUGUUCUACCUGUGUACCCCGACAUACAAUUGUAAAUGUUGAAUAAAGUAAAUGAGUUUGCCACAGGA